GCCACCUAGCCCGGACCACCCCGGCCCGCAAGGCCGUCAACAAAGUGGUGUACGAUGACCACGAGAGCGAGGACGAGGACGAGGACGAGGAGGAGGAGGACAUGGUCUCCGAGGAGGAGGAGGAGGAAGAGGAGGACGGCGACGCCGAGGAGACCCAGGAUUCCGAGGACGACGAGGAAGAGGAGAUGGAGGAGGACGACGACGAUGACUCCGAUUACCCGGAGGAGAUGGAAGACGACGACGACGACGCCAGCUACUGCACGGAGAGCAGCUUCCGGAGCCACAGCACCUACAGCAGCACUCCAGGUAGGCGAAAACCAAGAGUGCAUCGGCCUCGUUCUCCAAUAUUAGAAGAAAAAGACAUCCCACCCCUUGAGUUUCCCAAGUCCUCUGAGGAUCUAAUGGUGCCUAACGAGCAUAUAAUGAAUGUCAUUGCCAUCUAUGAGGUACUGCGGAACUUUGGCACUGUUUUAAGAUUGUCUCCUUUUCGCUUUGAGGACUUCUGCGCGGCUCUGGUGAGCCAAGAGCAGUGCACACUCAUGGCAGAGAUGCACGUGGUGCUUCUGAAAGCUGUUCUGCGGGAAGAGGACACCUCCAACACGACCUUUGGACCUGCUGACUUGAAAGACAGUGUCAAUUCCACUCUGUACUUCAUAGAUGGGAUGACGUGGCCAGAGGUGUUGCGGGUGUACUGUGAGAGCGAUAAGGAGUACCACCAUGUUCUUCCUUACCAAGAAGCAGAGGAUUACCCAUACGGACCAGUAGAGAACAAAAUCAAAGUUCUUCAGUUUCUCGUCGAUCAGUUUCUUACGACUAAUAUUGCUCGUGAGGAGCUGAUGUCUGAGGGUGUGAUCCAGUAUGAUGACCACUGUAGGGUUUGCCACAAACUUGGGGAUCUGCUUUGCUGUGAGACAUGUUCAGCUGUAUACCAUUUGGAAUGUGUGAAGCCGCCUCUUGAGGAGGUGCCAGAGGACGAGUGGCAGUGUGAAGUUUGUGUAGCACACAAGGUGCCUGGAGUGACUGACUGUGUUGCUGAAAUCCAAAAGAAUAAACCAUAUAUCCGGCAUGAGCCUAUUGGAUAUGACAGAAGCCGGAGGAAAUACUGGUUCUUAAACCGAAGGCUCAUAAUAGAAGAAGACACAGAAAAUGAAAAUGAAAAGAAAAUUUGGUACUACAGCACAAAGGUCCAGCUUGCAGAACUGAUAGACUGUCUAGACAAACAUUACUGGGAAGCAGAACUUUGCAAAGUUCUAGAAGAGAUGCGAGAAGAGAUCCACCGGCACAUGGACAUAACCGAAGACCUGACCAACAAAGCCCGGGGCAGCAACAAGUCCUUCCUGGCGGCAGCUAACGAAGAAAUUUUGGACUCUAUAAGAGCCAAAAGAGGGGAAGAUAUUGAUUGUGAUAAAAGCCCAGAAGCAGUAAAAGACAAGACUGAGGUGGAGAGUGACAACGGCAAAGACGCUGAAAAAGGCGGCGAGGAGCUGGCCGACCAGUCCCUUAAAAAAACUCCCGACGAUGACCCUGAGCAAGGAAAAUCUGAGGAGCCAACAGAAGUUGGGGAGAGAGGUAACUCUGUGCCAGCAAAUCUUGGCGACAACACAACCAUUGCUUCUCCAGAAGACACUAGUCCCCGUGAAGGGAGCUGCCCCGAGGGGUGUGUCUCAGAAGCCCAUGGUAGCAGCAGCGUGGCAGAGAAGAAGCUGGCCUCAGAGCUCCCCCAGGACAUGCCAGAAGACUCUAACAAGACAUGUGACAGCAGUAACACUAGUGCCACCACUGCCUCCACCCAGCCUGCUCUGGAAGUGAGUAGCUGCAGCAGUGAACUCAGUGCCUCCCAGAGUGGCUCUGCUAAGGCAGCCGAUGACGCUGAGAGUGGAGAAAGAGACUCCCACACACCUGUCUCUCCUCAAGAAGAGAUAGGUGAUUUCAGAUCAGAGAAGUCAAAUGGAGAAGUGAGUGAGUCUCCUGGCACUGGACGAGGAGCCCCUGGCUCCACCCGCAUCAUUACCAGGUUACGAAAUCCAGACAGCAAACUCAGCCAGCUGAAGAGCCAGCAGGUGGCAGCUGCAGCCCAUGAAGCAAAUAAAUUAUUUAAGGAAGGCAAAGAGGUACUGGUUGUUAACUCCCAAGGAGAAAUUUCAAGGCUGAGCACCAAAAAGGAAGUGGUCAUGAAAGGAAACAUCAACAAUUACUUCAAGUUGGGUCAAGAAGGGAAGUACCGUGUCUACCACAAUCAGUACUCCACCAAUUCUUUUGCUCUGAACAAGCACCAGCACAGGGAAGACCAUGAUAAGAGAAGGCAUCUUGCACAUAAGUUCUGUCUGACUCCAGCUGGAGAGUUCAAAUGGAAUGGUUCUGUUCAUGGGUCCAAAGUCCUAACCAUAUCUACUCUGAGGCUCACCAUCACUCAGCUAGAAAGCAACAUCCCUUCAUCAUUUCUUCAUCCCAAUUGGGCUUCACACAGGGCUAAUUGGAUCAAGGCAGUUCAGAUGUGUAGCAAACCCCGAGAAUUUGCCCUGGCUCUGGCAAUAUUGGAGUGUGCUGUUAAACCCGUUGUGAUGCUGCCAAUAUGGAGGGAGUCUUUAGGCCAUACCAGGUUACAUAGGAUGACAUCAAUUGAGAGAGAAGAAAAAGAGAAAGUUAAAAAAAAAGAGAAAAAACAAGAAGAGGAAGAAACAAUGCAGCAAGCUACGUGGGUAAAAUACACAUUUCCAGUUAAACAUCAGGUUUGGAAGCAAAAAGGAGAGGAGUAUAGAGUAACAGGAUACGGCGGCUGGAGCUGGAUUAGUAAAACUCACGUUUAUAGGUUUGUUCCUAAAUUGCCCGGCAAUACUAAUGUGAAUUACAGGAGAACAGUAGAAGGAACCAAAAGUAAUGUGGAUGAAAAUAUGGAUGAAUCAGAUAGAAGAAAAUGUCCCCGGAGUCCAAAAAAAAUUAAGACAGAAUCUGAUUCUGAGAAGGGAGAAGUGAAAGAUUCAGAGGAUGUCAAAGGAGCUGAUGAAAAUGACAUGGACAUCCCCAAGAGUGCUGAGAAGAGGGACCAAGAUGUAAAAGAAUUAGAUUCUGACAACGGUAGAUCUUUGAAAGAAGAACCAAUGGAGAUUGAGGACAGUGUGAAAACAGAGUGUUAUGUAAAUUGUCAGGAAGGUUCUCAAGUGGAUUUAGUCAAUGUCAGUGAGGGUUUUCAUCUAAGGACUAGUUACAAAAAGAAAACAAAGUCGUCCAAACUUGACGGACUUCUUGAAAGGAGAAUUAAACAGUUCACACUGGAAGAAAAACAACGCCUUGAGAAAAUGAAGUUGGAGAAUGGAAUUAAGAGUACAGGAAAGUCGCCUCCAAGCUCUUUGAAAAGUCCCCCUGAGUCACCAACAACAGCAAAAGCAAAAGAACGCUGUCAAAGUGACAUGCUUAAGCAACAACCAAGUCCUAGUACAAAUACUGAUAAAUCUGAGGACUCGAUGCAGGGAAGUUCACAGAGUGACUCCUCAGUUCCUGAGGUCGGUGAGCCCGGUCACACCACAGACAAACUUGAUCAGAAAGGUCAAACGUUAGAUGAUGUUUCCACUCAGAGUCCAGAGGCACACUCCCAGAGACAGGGUUCUGUUGACAGUGAGGUAGAUGGGAAUCUUCCUGAACCUGCCAGGAAAGGCCAUGAAUCAAGGAAGGUUAAAACAAAAGGAAGUGAUAUUUCCAUUGAUGACUCAAAACCAGGCAGUACUGAUGGUAUUGGUACUUUGAUCUGUAAAAACAAAAAAGUACUCAUCCAGGAAGAUAAUGAUACCAUUUCUUCCUCCUUACAGAGUGCCCUACCAGCAUCAGGAGGUACAAGUACCCAGGACAAAGCUUCCCCAUCCCUUUCAAAAGCAGUGGACUUUGAUGGCAAACGAGGAUGUGACUCUGAGUAUAACCACAUUGUGGACAAUAGCUCAGACACUAUGUCCAUUCAGGACAGUAGUGAAGAAGAUAUGGUUGUUCAGAACAGCAACAAAAGGAUUUCUGAGCAGACCACACCUCCAGAACCAGGGGUUGAGAGCCGGGGGCCACUGAAAGGGGCGUUGGUUUCUAAGUCCCCUGGGAAGUGUGACAGUGGGCGGCUGGGUAAGGCAACUGAAGCACAUGGUCAAAAGCCAAGUCAUCAGAGGAAGCUAGAGGAGCCACCAGUUAACAAAUGUAUAGAUCAAGUAAAUCUGAAAAAUAACACUGAUAAAAGGAAUAAUGAGUCUGAAAAGAAAGGACAAAAAACAAAUGCAUUUCAGAUAAAUGGCAAAGAUAAGUCUGAGGGCUAUCUGAAAGGUGAGUGCUUGAAGGGAACCUCUGAAAGUAAGGCCGGAAGUUGCGUUGUCGAGCCAAAGGUCAACAGUAUAAAUAAAACAAUCCCUGGAAAGAGUAAGUCCUUGGCUGUUAAAGAACCUGCCACAAAGCCACUCAUUAAUGGUGAUGUCAUCAUGGAAGAAUUUAAUGAAAAGAGCAGUUUAGUAACCAGUUCACAUUUACAGUGUUCUUCAGGUGAUGGUGGUGAUAACAGAGAGCACCUUGAGUCCCUACCAUCAACCAAAGAGUCUGACAGCACCCAGAUAACCACACCCCCACCAUCCUGUCCCGAAAGCAAUUCAUUUCAUCAGGUAGAAGAUAUGGAAAUUGAAACUCCAGAAGUUAAGAAAAUCGCUCGAUCUCCUAGUACUUCUGAAGAGGAAUCGAACCUCAGUAAUGAUUUUACUGAUGAAAAUGGCCUGCCCACCAACGAAAGUGAAAGUGUCAAUGGAGAAUACAAAAGGAAAACAGUCAUCACAGAAGUUACCACGAUGACAUCUAUGGUCGCCACAGAAUCAAAAACCGUGGUCAAGGUAGCUGAGGGAGAUAAACAGACGGUGGUCUCUUCCACAGAGAAUUGCGCCAAGUCCACUGUCACCACCACCACCACCACUGUAACAAAGCUGUCUACGCCUUCCACUGACAGCAGUAUGGACAUCAUCUCUGUCAAGGAGCAAAGCAAAACUGUGGUCACCACGACAGUGACGGACUCCCUGACGACUGCAGGAGGCACACUGGUCACGUCCAUGACUGUAAGCAAAGAGUACUCGACAAGAGACAGAGUGAAGCUGACCAAGUUCUCCAGGCCCAAGAAGACCCGCUCAGGUACCGCUCUGCCAUCCUAUAGGAAGUUCGUUACCAAAAGCAGCAAGAAGAGCAUAUUUGUCUUGCCCAAUGAUGACUUGAAAAAGCUGGCCAGAAAAGGAGGAAUCCGAGAAGUCCCUUAUUUUAAUUACAAUGCAAAACCUGCCUUGGAUAUAUGGCCAUACCCUUCGCCCAGACCAACCUUUGGUAUCACUUGGAGGUAUAGACUUCAGACCGUCAAGUCCUUAGCGGGAGUGAGCCUGAUGUUGCGGUUACUGUGGGCCAGUUUGAGAUGGGAUGACAUGGCGGCCAAGGCUCCUCCAGGAGGGGGAACUACACGGACAGAAACUUCUGAAACUGAAAUCACUACAACAGAAAUAAUUAAAAGGCGAGAUGUUGGUCCUUAUGGCAUUCGUUCUGAAUAUUGUGUCAGGAAAAUUAUUUGUCCCAUUGGAGUUCCAGAAGCACCAAAAGAAACACCUACACCUCAGAGGAAAGGCCUUCGAUCAAGCGCACUGCGGCCAAAAAGACCGGAAACGCCCAAGCAAACUGGCCCUGUUAUUAUAGAAACCUGGGUUGCAGAAGAAGAGUUGGAUCUUUGGGAGAUCAGGGCUUUUGCUGAGAGAGUGGAGAAAGAAAAGGCGCAAGCUGUUGAGCAGCAGGCUAAGAAACGAAUGGAACAACAGAAGCCUGCAGCCAUCAUAGCCUCUGCUACCUCCCCAACAAGCAGUGCAGCCGCCACCUCUCCAGCACAGAAGGUCGUGGUGGCCCCCUUAAGCGGCUCCGUCACACCAGGAACCAAAAUGGUACUAGCUACUAAAGUUGCCUCUCCAGCUGCUGUCACGUUCCAGCAAAACAAGAACUUCCAUCAGACCUUUGCCACGUGGGUGAAGCAGGGCCAGUCAAACUCAGCCACCAGCACAGCUGCCACACCUGCUACAACCAUUGCCAGCACAGGUCAGACGUUCCAAAUUACAGGCAGUCCAGUCACUAUGGCAGGAAAAGUAAUUACCAAACUGCCACUUCCUGCAAACAGCAAGAUUGUCGCUGUAAAUGUGCCAGCAACACAAGGAGGCGUUGUUCAAGUACAGCAGAAAGUCCUGGGUAUCAUUCCAUCAAGUACAGGUACCAGUCAGCAAACCUUUACUUCAUUCCAGCCCAGGACGGCAACCGUCACUAUCAGGCCCAACACUGCAGCCUCUGGAGCAGCCAGCAGCCCGUCACAAGUAAUCACUGGGCCUCAGAUCCGCCCUGGUAUGACGGUGAUUAGAACACCACUCCAACAGCCAACACUAGGAAAGGCAAUUAUUCGAACACCUGUGAUGGUGCAGCCAGGUGCUCCCCAACAAGUGGUGACUCAGAUCAUCAGAGGACAGCCCGUUUCUACUGCCAUCUCUGCCCCAAGCGCAGCUUCCUCGUCGCCUGGGCAGAAGAGCUUAACGCCGGCACCGGCGGCCGGGAGUCUGCAGCCUUCAGCCACACCGCCCCCUCGUCCUCAGCAAGGACAGGUCAAGCUCACCAUGGCGCAGCUCACGCAGCUCACACAGGGCCAUGGCGGCAGUCAAGGUCUGACAGUCGUAAUUCAAGGACAAGGCCAAACCACUGGGCAGUUGCAGCUGAUCCCACAGGGGGUGACCGUGCUCCCAGGGCCCGGCCAGCAGCUCAUGCAAGCCGCAAUGCCGAAUGGCACCGUUCAGAGAUUCCUCUUCACCCCCUUGGCGACAGCCACCACUGCGGCCAGCACCACCACCACCCCCACUUCUACAACAGCAGGGUCAAGUGAGCAGAAACAGAGUAAAUUGUCACCGCAGAUGCAGGCACCGCAAGCCAAAGUCCUGCCGCCAGCUCAGUCACCAAGUGUGAGUCCUGCUGAAGCCCAGCCACAGACUGCUCAGCCUGCAGCACAGCCCCCGUCCCCACCGCGGCCCCCAUCCCCAGCUCAGCCCGAAGCUCAAACGCAGCCUGAAGUCCAAACCCAGACAGCUGUCUCACCCCCUGUCCCUUCUGAAGCACAACCCAUCCAAGCCCAGUCAUCUAAACCCCAAGUUGCAGCACAGUGUCAGCCUCAGAGUCAUGUCCAAGGACAGUCUCCCGUGCGUGUCCAGAGCCCACCACCACAGACUCGAACACGUCCAUCAACUCCAUCCCAAGUUUCUCCUGGACAGCAGCCCCAGGUUCAGACUGCACCCUCCCAGCCGAUUCCAAUUCCGCCCCCCACAUCUCUGCAGACACCUUCCCAAGGCCAGCCACAGUCACAGCCCCAGGUACAGUCUUCAAGUCAAACUCUUUCGUCAGGACAAACGUUAAAUCAAGUGACUGUUUCGUCCCCAUCCCAUCCUCAGCUUCCGAGUCAGCAGCCGCAGCCCCAAGUCAUUGCUGUGCCUCCACUGCAGCAAGUCCAGGUCCUCUCUCAGAUCCAGCCGCAGGUGGUGGCUCAGAUACAGGCUCAGCAAGGGGGUGUGCCCCAGCAGAUCAAACUGCAGUUGCCUGUUCAGAUCCCGCAAAGCAGUGCUGUGCAGCCUCACCACACUCAGAACGUGGUCACAGUGCAGGCAGCCAGUGUGCAAGAGCAGUUGCAGAGGGUUCAGCAACUCAGGGAGCAGCAGCAAAAGAAGAAGCAGCCGCACAUAGACAUUAAGCGUGAACACAGCCUCCAAGCUUCUAACCAAAGUGAAAUCAUUCAGAAACAGGUGGUGAUGAAGCACAAUGCUGUAAUAGAACAUUUAAAACAGAAAAAGACCAUGACUCCAGCCGAGAGAGAAGAGAAUCAAAGAAUGAUUGUCUGUAACCAGGUGAUGAAGUACAUUUUGGAUAAGAUAGAUAAGGAGGAGAAACAGGCCGCAAAGAAGCGGAAGCGCGAGGAGAGCGUGGAGCAGAAGCGCAGCAAGCAGAACGCCAGCAAGCUCUCGGCUCUGCUCUUCAAGCACAAGGAGCAGCUCAAGGCGGAGAUCCUGAAAAAGAGGGCGCUCCUGGACAAGGACCUGCAAGUCGAAGUGCAGGAGGAGCUGAGGAGAGAUCUGAAGAUGAAGAAAGAGAGGGAGAUGGCGCUGGCGGCGGCGGCCAGCGCGGUGGCGCCCGCGGCCCCGGUGGCGGUGCCCGCGACGGUGCCCGCGCCGCCGCCGCCCUCGCCGCCCUGCGCGCCCGCGCCGCCGCCCGCCGGCCUCCCCGCCGCCCUGCCGCCCGCCGCUUCCCAGAAGAGGAAGCGCGAGGAGGAGAAGGACGCUGGCUCCAAGUCCAAGAAGAAGAAAAUGAUCUCCACUAGCGCAAAGGAAACGAAGAGGGACACAAAGCUUUACUGCAUCUGUAAGACGCCGUACGACGAAUCCAAAUUUUAUAUUGGCUGUGAUCGGUGUCAGAAUUGGUACCACGGGCGCUGCGUUGGCAUCUUGCAAAGUGAGGCAGAACUCAUUGAUGAGUAUGUCUGUCCACAGUGCCAGUCAACAGAGGACGCCAUGACGGUGCUCACGCCUCUCACAGAGAAAGACUAUGAGGGCUUGAAGAGGGUGCUGCGCUCCUUACAGGCCCAUAAGAUGGCCUGGCCUUUCCUUGAACCAGUAGACCCUAAUGAUGCACCAGACUAUUAUGGCGUUAUUAAGGAACCUAUGGACCUUGCCACCAUGGAAGAAAGAAUACAAAGACGAUAUUAUGAAAAGCUGACAGAAUUUGUGGCAGACAUGACCAAAAUUUUUGAUAACUGUCGUUACUACAAUCCAAGUGACUCCCCUUUUUACCAAUGUGCAGAAGUUCUUGAAUCAUUCUUUGUACAGAAAUUGAAAGGUUUCAAGGCUAGCAGGUCUCAUAACAACAAGCUGCAGUCUACAGUGUAACCUUAACGUAAAACACAGCAAGAAUCUGGUUGUCUGAACUAUUUGAAAUUAAGAAGCCAGAUGUUUUUAGUCGGGUUAUCCUGACGAGACUUGACCUAGACUUCGUUCUUAUUGGUCAUAACAGUCCAAUUAUAUUCUUGGCCAAUUUUGUCCAACGGACAAGGGAAAAGCAAAGUCAACGACACCAUUAUCUUAUCAAGAUCAAAUGGUUUUACUAUUGUGGCAGAAGCGGGAAAACUUUGUUUAUUGAAAAAAAAAACAGGAAAAGAAAGCAAGAAAAAAAGAUGCUAUGGGGUCAUGUGUAACUCCAUGGAAAUGCCACGUCUGCUCUUCAGUGAAGAAGCUGGUUUAGAGUCUCACAGAAAACUUUGUAUUUAUUUAUUGUUGCAAAAAAAAAAAAAAAAGACGCUUUUUUAUUGCUGCCCUCAUUUGUCAGCUAAUUAUUUUUUUCUUAUGAAAUCUAGCCCCAGUUCCAUGUGUCCACCCUGUAUGUUAUCAUGGUUCCUGUAGGUGAGAUACAAGACGACCUCUAGAUGUCUUUCUUUCUAUGAAAGGAGCUGCUACGUACACAUGUGCACACACACGACCGGGAAUCAACAAUGAGUUUAUUGUUCAUGGUGACAAAAUUAAGCUUGCAGAAAGGUGGGGCUAGUGGUCCUGGACUACAGACUUCGCUGCCUUGAAUAUACCAGUACAUUUUGUCAUUUACUCUGCACCAGGCUAAAAUGAGCAAAAUCUAUUUGAAGGUAUCUUGUUUGUAAACAUUUGUCAGAUUCUAAUUUUUUUUCUUUUUGUAUUAAAAAUUCAACUAUGGAUGUAUAUGAAUCGAAAUAAAUGGAGAUAACUUUUCUCCCACAGAUGGAGGUCUCUUUGUGCGCUAAUGAUAUCUGUAAGCCUUUGUGGGGAGAGGGGAGGAUGUCAGGAGUGGAAGGUAGAAGGCACUGAGCAAACCUGGCUUUCUCCAGGACAGUAGGGCCCUUCCUCUCGUAAUGCCCAGCCAUUGUCCCCACCACAUGGGAAAAACCUGCAGGGUGCUGAUCCUGCUGCCUCACGUACCAGUGAUAGCAGUGAUGCUGACACAGUGCGCAUUGCCUUCGUCCAUGUGUCUAGGCAAGUCACCAGUCUCACAUAGCUGCUUACAUUGUAUGAAGAGCAUUUUUCCAUGACCUUGCCCUCAGCACUUUUUGUGUGUUGGUUGGGUCUGUUUGGUUUCUCAUUUGAUUCCACAUAAGGAAAAGUAGCAUUGAGGCUGGGCGUGGCGGCGCGGCAGCCCUGGGGAGCAGAGGUGGGAGGGCUACCCAGUGAGUUCCAGGUCAGCCUGGGCUAGAGACCCUACCUCGAAAAAUGAAAAAGUGCUGAGCCAGAGGUAGGAAAUGGAGAGACCAGAGGUGGGUGUGUCCUGCACGAUGUAUCACUGUUGUUGCAAAGGUGUCUCCAAAAUCUGCCAGAGCUGGAUUAUGCAGCUUUGCAAAAAUUUCCCUAGAUUUUGCACUAAUUCAUACUAGCUUUGUCCUACUGAGUUCUAAAAUUAAGUUUUUUUGUUUGUUUGUUUUUUAGGUUUCCUUUUGUUUAAAUGUCACCCUGCUAUGCAAAACCUUGCCCAGACCUUAGUUUUCUUAAAAUUGUGGCUACAGUUCCAAAAUUCUUAUGCCAGGCUCAGGUGUACACGGUCUGGGUUCAUUUUCUCUAUGGAAGCCCGUUCCUUUUUGUACAUAAAGAUGUCACUUAACCCUAUCCUUACAAUACUAAAAGAGACUAAUCGCUCAAUGUGGAAAACAAAGCUUUUGCUUAAAAUACUAAUAUGGAAGUUAAAUACAGGUUAUUUUGUCCUCUUAGUUAAAAAACAAUGUUCCAUGUUGUAUGCACUGUGCUGAUGCAAGAAUUUUACAUUUUAAUGAAUUAUAAAAUAAUUCUGCAUCUCAUCAUGUCACAGUAUUUCUGUACUAUUUAUUCAUAUAUAUACAUAAGUAUAUAUGAGCUUAAUCAUUUAAAAUUUGUUGCAACAAGAAGUUUCCUACCUGUAGGCAAUAGAUUGUUAUGUUUUUAACAACCUGUGGCAAAUUCUAAACAAUUCUUUUUGUACGUAAUAGGACGUUUCAUCCUAGAAAAAUAAAAUAAUGUUUUUGACAUUGGAAUUUGUGCCGUUUCUAAUGAAACAAUGGUUGAUUGCUUGGUUGGUUGGUUGAUAUAUUUUCUGAAGCUGUUGGCACUGCCAGAUUGUAUAAAAAAAAAAGGUAACAUUUUGUGGAAAUCCUGAGACCAGGAAAAUGUUAAUUUCAUAUGUAUGUAUUUAAUGGUAUAAAGGCUUUUGCAAUUUCUAUCACCAUAUAAAUACAUAAAGACAUUAUAUAGUUUUGUCAGCUAUAGAGAUUUAGUCUUUCAAAAGAAAUUUUUGGAAAACGUACAUUCUUAUUUCAAAAGCUGCUUUUCUAUGAGUAUGAUUUGACAAGCUUCUACUAUUCAAUAAAAUGUUAAGCUAUUUUGCUUUCAGUAAUCCAUGUAGUCAAAUGCACAUUUGUGAUACUGUUAGAAUGUUUCUCUUCCAGUCUCCGGGCCUUAAAUUCUAUUUAAUUUGCAUCAACGUUGGCUACAAGUAUUUUCAGCAUUUGCUGUGCUCCAUCUCCAAAUUCACGAUUCCUGACACUAUAAGUAUUUUAAUCCCAGCCCUUGGGAGGUUGAAGGAGGAGGGUUGCCAUGAAUUUAAGGCCAGAAUAGUCCACAGAGUUAGUUCCAGGUCAGCCUGGGUUACAGUCAGACCUUGCUUUAAAAAAUAUUUUUUCUUAAUAUUGGAAAAGCUUUCUUCUGUCCAAAUUCUGCAGGGUUUAUGUUUACUGUCCAGUAGUAGGUUAAAGAAAUUGUGAUGCUUAGGAGAUGUUUUUUGAAAGUAAAACAGUUAGCAUUUUAGAUUCAAGUGGUUUGCAAUGCUGUUUAGGGACUCAGAAAAUGUGUUUGUAACCUUCCUUCUUAAAAUCUGCAAAUAAAAGUUCUUUCCCUACUUCCA